CAGCCAAGGGUCAGUUUCAGUAGACCCAACAAAGGAUAGAUGUUGACACGAGGACUCGAAUCUAGCAAGGAAGCACUUGAACUUGGCAGCAGGUACCAAACAUGGUAUCACACAAACCUAGAGGAAUUAAUGGUGGUUCUUCUCGGAUACAUCUUGUGGUGUUGAACAGCAGACAUGGAAGGGGCGAAGAAAGAUGCCCCUCCAGGGGGGGAUGGAGGCAAGUCCGACACCCUGGGGUCAACCGGCUCGGCCAGAAAAAGAGGAGGGGGGGCCAAGAAGGCUAUGCAGGCCAACAAGUCUGCCCUCAGAGCCCCUCGUGCCCUCUGCUGCCUCACCCUCAGCAACCCCAUACGCAUGGCAGCGCUGGCUCUAGUGGAGUGGAAGCCAUUUGAUAUCUUCAUUCUUCUUGCCAUCUUUGCAAACUGUGUGGCCAUGGGUGUGACCAAGCCGUACCCUGAUGACGACUCCAAUGCUACUAAUCACAAACUGGAACAAGUGGAGUAUGUCUUUCUCGUUAUUUUCACCAUCGAGACGUUCACUAAAAUUCUUGCCUACGGCUUGGUCAUGCACCCCAGCGCCUACAUACGCAGUGGAUGGAACUUGCUUGAUUUUAUUAUCGUCAUCGUCGGGCUUUUCAGUGUCAUAGCAGAGGCCAUGACAGACCACAAGCCAGGAGAGGCCCAUCAUGCCGCAGGAAAACCUGGAGGCCUGGACGUCAAAGCUCUCAGAGCGUUCAGGGUGUUGCGACCCCUCCGACUUGUAUCCGGAGUUCCAAGUCUGCAAAUUGUGUUGAACUCCAUCAUGAAAGCCAUGGUCCCGCUCCUUCACAUCGGCAUGCUGGUCAUGUUCGUCAUCAUCAUCUACGCCAUCAUCGGUUUGGAACUUUUCAUCGGCCGGAUGCACAAGACGUGUUACGCUACGAGCACAGGUGUGUUUUGUAACACGUGUAAAAAUAUUAUACAGACAUGUCGACUCAUUGUAUGUUUUUUUUUUUUUUCAGGUCUCAUGAUUGAAGACGACCCAUCACCUUGUGCGUUCGCAGGGAACGGGCGCUUCUGCGAUGGCAAUGGCACCGAGUGCAGGGGCAAGUGGGAGGGUCCCAACGGUGGCAUCACAAAUUUCGACAACAUCUUCUUUGCCAUGUUGGCUGUGUUCCAGUGCAUUACGAUGGAGGGAUGGACCGAUGUGCUGUACUGGAUGAACGACGCCAUUGGAUAUGAGAUUCCUUGGAUCUAUUUUGUUUCUCUCGUCAUCUUUGGUUCAUUUUUCAUCAUCAAUCUUGUAUUGGGUGUACUGAGCGGAGAGUUCUCCAAGGAAAGAGAAAAGGCAGUGGCUCGCGGUGAACUACAGAAGGCGCAGGAGAGUAAGCAGAUGGAAGAGGACAUGAUCGGUUACAUGGACUGGCUCAUAGAAGCCGAGGAUGUGGAUGAAGAAGGAAACAAACGAGCUGCUAUUGCCAAGAAAAAGAUGAUGAAGAAGUUUGGCUGGUACAAACACAGUGAGGAUGGAGAGUCCGACUCGGAUGAUGAUAUCGCAUACCUUGAUGACGACAACGGCUGCUGUGCAUCUCUUAUGGCCAAGAUGAUGGCAAAUAGCUUCUGUGACCAGUUGUGCCAGUUGAACCACACGUUCAGGAAGAACUGCCGCGUGGCUGUCAAGACCACUAACUUCUACUGGUUGGUUCUUCUUCUGGUGUUUCUCAACACGGUGGCGAGUGCUUCGGAGCAUUACGGGCAGCCCAAGUGGCUCACAGAAAUGCAAGAGCGAGCCAAUAAGAUCCUGCUGUUACUUUUCACUCUGGAGAUGCUGAUGAAGAUGUACGCCUUUGGGCUGCAGAUCUACUUCAUGGCUCUCUUCAAUCGUUUUGAUUGCUUUGUGGUGUGUGGAGGCAUCCUGGAGACACUGCUCGUGGAGUCAGAUUUCAUCCCGCCUAUCGGCAUCUCCGUGCUCCGUUGCAUCCGACUGCUCAGAAUCUUCAAGAUGACUCGGCAUUGGGCUGCUUUGUCCGACUUGGUCAACUCUCUGCUCAACUCCAUGAAAGCUAUCUGCUCCCUUCUGCUGCUGCUGUUCCUCUUCCUCAUCAUCUUCGCCCUGCUGGGCAUGCAGCUCUUUGGAGGCAAAUUCAACUUUGAUGAGACACAAAUGAAGAGGAGCACUUUUGACUCCUUCCCUCAGGCUCUGCUCACUUGCUUUCAGAUUCUCACUGGAGAGGACUGGAACGCUGUGAUGUAUGAUGGCAUCAUGGCCUAUGGAGGACCCGUCUUCCCCAAUAUGGUGGUGUGCAUUUACUUUGUCAUCCUGUUUGUCUGUGGUAACUACAUCCUGCUCAAUGUCUUCUUGGCUAUCGCUGUUGACAACUUGGCUGGAGGUGGCGGAGAAAAAAAAGUAGAAGAGAAAAAAGAUGACGAAGAAGAGUGGGAUGACGAUGAAGAGAAAGAAGACGAGGACGCAGGGAACGAGGACGACGACUGGCAAGAGAAUGAGGAGCUGAGGGCCAUUGAGGGCCUGGAGGGAGUUGCCCCAUUAAAGCCCGAGUUCUCUGGACCCAAAGAAAAGAUUGUUCCCAUCCCGGAUGGAAGCUCCUUCUUUAUUCUCGGCAAAAAAAACUGCUUGCGAGUGGCCUGUCACAACCUCAUCCAUCACCCCUACUUCACCAAUUUCAUCCUCAUCUUUAUCAUCCUGAGCAGCAUCUCCCUGGCUGCUGAGGAUCCUAUCAAAUCUCACUCAUUCAGAAACAUUGUGCUGGGUUAUGCAGACUACGUUUUCACUUCAGUUUUUACCGUGGAGAUUGUACUCAAGAUGACCGUGUAUGGAGCUUUUCUGCACACUGGUUCCUUCUGCAGAAAUGCCUUCAACCUUCUGGACUUGCUCGUGGUCAGUGUGUCGCUCACUUCUUUCUUUCUUCACUCGAGCGCUAUCUCUGUGGUUAAGAUUCUCAGAGUGCUUCGUGUGCUCAGACCUCUACGAGCCAUCAACAGAGCCAAAGGACUGAAAAAUGUGGUGCAGUGUGUCUUUGUUGCCAUACGCACCAUCGGCAACAUCUUGAUCGUCACAACACUACUUCAGUUCAUGUUCGCCUGCAUCGGGGUGCAGCUUUUUAAGGGCAGGUUCUAUAGCUGCACAGAUGAAGCCAAGCACACUCCUGAUGAGUGCAAGGGCUCAUUUGUGGUCUAUAAAGACGGGGAUAUGAACCAUCCGAUGGUGAGAGAAAGGAUCUGGGAAAACAGCGACUUCAACUUUGACAAUGUGCUGAUGGGCAUGCUGGCUUUGUUCACCGUGUCCACAUUCGAAGGAUGGCCACAGCUCCUUUACCGGGCGGUGGAUGCCAAUGCCAUAAACCACGGGCCCAUUUACAACUACCGAGUGGAAAUCUCCAUCUUUUUCAUCAUCUAUAUUAUCAUUAUUGCCUUUUUUAUGAUGAACAUUUUUGUGGGUUUUGUCAUCAUCACCUUCCGAGAACAAGGAGAGGCUGAAUUCAAAAACUGUGAACUCAACAAAAACCAGCGCCAGUGCGUCUACUACGCCUUGAAAGCUCAACCUAUAAAAAUUUACAUUCCCAAAAACCCAUCCCAGCUCAAAUUCUGGAGGAUAAUAAAUUCCAGCCAGUUUGAGUAUGUCAUGUUUGUGCUUAUUCUGGGCAACACGCUCACCCUGGCAGUGCAGCAUUACGAGCAGUCCAAACUUUUCACCUCCGUUAUGGACAUCCUCAACAUGAUCUUCACUGUGGUGUUCACCAUUGAGAUGAUCAUCAAGUUGCUGGCUCUUCGGGCUCACCACUAUUUUAUUGAUCCAUGGAAUUCCUUCGAUGCCUUAAUUGUAGUGGGGAGCGUGUUGGACAUCGCAGUCUCUGAGUUUAGUGGAGGGGGAGGCCAUAGUGAGGGAAAAGGUGAAAGCGGAAAGGUUUCCAUCACUUUCUUCCGUUUGUUUCGAGUGCUGCGAUUGGUCAAACUGCUCAGCAAAGGAGAAGGCAUCCGAACCCUCCUGUGGACUUUUGUUAAGUCCCUCCAGGCUUUACCUUACGUUGGUCUGCUCAUCGCAAUGAUCUUUUUCAUCUACGCCGUGAUCGGCAUGCAGACAUUUGGGAAAGUGGCCAUUGAUGACAACACACAUAUUAACAGAAACUGCAAUUUUCAGACUUUCUUCAUGGCUGUUUUGGUGCUAUUCAGGUGUGCCACCGGAGAGCAGUGGCAGGAGAUCAUGUUGGCCGCCCUGCCCGGCAGACGCUGCGACCCCGAGUCAGACACGGAGCCCGGUGAAGAGUUCUCCUGCGGCAGCAACUUGUCCUACAUCUACUUCAUCAGCUUCUUCAUGCUCUGUGCUUACUUGAUUAUCAAUUUGUUCAUUGCUGUCAUCAUGGACAACUUUGAGUACCUGACAAGAGACUGGACGGUACUUGGUACCCACCACCUGGACGAGUUUAAGAGAGUUUGGUCGGAUUAUGAUCCAGAAGCCACCGGCCGCAUUAAGCACAUCGAUGUCAUCACAUUGCUGCGGAGAAUACAGCCACCUUUAGGUUUUGGAAAAAUGUGUCCUCACCGUGUUGCUUGCAAAAGGUUGGUUUCUAUGAAUGUUCCACUGCAUCCUGAUGGGACGGUCACCUUCAACGCGACCUUGUUUGCUCUGGUGCGAACUUCCCUUAAGAUCAAGACUGAAGGGCCGAUCGAUCAGCAGAAUGAAGAACUGAAGCUCAUCAUCAAGAAACUCUGGAAGCGGACCAAGCCUAAGCUCAUAGAUGAAAUUAUUCCUCCCCCUAGAGGGGAUGAGGUGACUUGUGGCAAGUUUUAUGCCAGCUUCUUGAUUCAGGACUAUUUCAAGAAAUACCGCAAGAGAAAAGAGAGGGAAAGAAAGUCUAAAAAGAAGGACAAGGCUGCUUCUCUUCAGCAAGGACUGCGGACACUUCAGGAUCUGGCUCCGGAGAUGCGCCUUGCUAUGGCGUGCGACCUGGAAGAGGAAGAGGGUCUAGAUGGAGAGAUGACAGGCGACGAGAUAUUCGACAGUGAGCACGGAACCUCGGCCCCCACCACACCUGCCACGACACCGAUGCCGCCCCUGGAAGUGCUGGUGCAACAAACCGCUGUCGUUGUUGAACCAGACCCCAAAGUGGACGUGAUCACCGAGCAGGUGGUGGGCCUACAGGAAGCCCAAAGACCCGGAUCAGAGCUGACAGGCGUGAGCGUUGUCACAGAGCAGCCAGUACGGUCCAUGGCCCCGCCCAUCAGGGCGGAAUCCAUCAGCGACCUGCAUCCCCCUCCUCCUCCAGAUAUUCCAGUUGAACCUGAGUUUGUAGCACCUGAGUCAACUCCAACUCCAGCUCCAGUAGCUGAGCAGUUUUACAGCAAUGAGGGAGAUGCUGCAAGUCUUGCAUCUGUCGACCAGUAUUCUUAUCCCGAGGCCCCUUCUCCUUUACCACCUGAACCAGUUUACAAUAACCAGAGCGUCGAUCAAUCCAGCGGCGUUGCCGAGAUGCCAUGUGACCCUCGCAAUACCAACGGCUUCAGUAACGGUUACAACGGAAGCGCCACCAUGAAUGGGGAGAGCGUUUCCGUGAGCCCCUACCCAACAAACGAAUACACUGGCAACAGAUACUCGGCUUACAACGAAAACCGGAGCGUCCUCUCCACAAAUGGCAACAGCAGCACUGGGAGCGGAGGUUACACUGGGAAUGGUUACAACGGGAAUGGUUACAACGGGGAUGAGAGCGGUGGUGCGCAGUUUGUUCGGAGAAGGCUCCUUCCUUCCAUACCAAAAGGACGCAAGCCCGCCUUCAACUUCCAGUGUCUGAGGCCACAGAGCAGUGGGGACGACAUUCCCGUCCCAGGAAACUAUAGAGGCAACACAUCCCCAUCCAGAUCUCGCCUCCAGACCCAGCCAAGCCUGGACUCCCGGCGCAGUAGCGUGUCCUCCUUGUCAUCCGUCUCUUGGGCCAACACAACGGCAGCCGGCAACACUCCUGCUCCCGGAUUGAUCAGCGCCUCAGGACGCCGGGGAAAACUGAUCUACACGCCGAUGAUCCUGGUGGAUGGAGCCACAGGGACUACCCAGCCACUGUGGAGCGAUGGCUCAGCCAGUCUUCCUGCAGGAAGACAUCCCAGCUGGUACUCGGGUCAGAACAGGGCCGGCAGCUUGAGGGUGCCACCGGUCAACCAGGGCUUUGUGGACAAAGGCAGCGCGGACAGUCUGGUGGAGUCGAUCCUGAUCUCCGAGGGUCUGGGAAUCUACGCCAAGGACCCAAAGUUUGUGAAUUUUGCCAAGCGGGAGAUCGCUGAAGCUUGUCACAUGAGCCUGGAUGACAUGGAGAGCGCUGCCGCUGACCUGAUCUCUCGGGGAGCCAGCCAUCGAAUUUCCCGCUUUGAGGAUGAACUGGCUGAUGAAAUGAACUGUGUGAUUUCUUACUGACAUGAGAAAUAUCACAUGAGAAUAUGAGGUACUUUGUGUCAUUAUAAAAAAAUCAUUUUUAAUGUUUCUAUCGGUUAUUGAUUAGAGUGUGUGGACCCAACAAAGACCUUUAUGGACAUUAUAACUUAUACAUUCAUUCAUUCAUUUUUCUACCGCUCUUUCCUCACGAGGGUCGCAGGGGGGUGCUGGAGCCUAUCCCGAGAGGCGGGGUACACCCUGGACUGGUGGCCAGCCAAUCACAGGGCACAUAUAGACAAACAACCAUUCACACUCACAUUCAUACCUAUGGACAAUUUGGAGUCGCCAAUUAACCUAGCAUGUUUUUUUGGAAUGUGGGAGGAAACCGGAGUACCCGGAGAAAACCCACGCAUGCACGGGGAGAACAUGCAAACUCCACACAGAGAUUGAACCCUGGUCCCCUAGCUGUGAGGUCUGCGCGCUAACCACUAGACCGCCGUGCCGCCCUAUAACUUAUACAUGUUUUAUAAUGAUUACUAUGCAGUUUUUGCGUCGGCUUCUCAUUUUGUACUCUUGAAUAGCCACUUUCCAUACUGUUAUGUUAAUAUGCUGUUUAUUAAUCUUUGGCAAUCUUUGGACUAGAUCUGUGGACUCCCGACUCAAUCCACUUUCAGUCAUAGCAUUAGCAAAUUAUUGCAUUUGUUUAUUCAAAUUAAUAGCAACAAUUUCGAGGGGGUUUGUGUCUGGCAUACUCAAAUAAAGAAAUGAGUUUUCUUUCAUUUUUUUUUAAUGUGAUAAUGUGCGUUAUGAACAUUUAAUCCCACAGUGGCGGCUUAAUAGAAAAGAUUGAAUGAUGUAAUGUUUUAUUAUUGUGCCAACAGAUGGAGAACGAACAUCUGGCUUCCAUUUCUCCUUUUCAGAGUAAACAAUGUUAUUGAAAU